AUGCUAUCAGCAGUCAGUGGAUUGUCUGAAAAGAACGGAAGAAUGAGAGGGAUGCAAUUGCCAUUGAUCAUAACAUCGCAGCCUAAGCCACAAUUCUCUGCUCAACUUGUCUCCCAAAAAACUUUUUUGCUGUUCUUCCUUCUACCAAGACAUCAUCCUCUCGCUCCUCUAUCCCCGGCAUCGAAUGGUAUUGUCACUGAUCCGGCAUCUUCUGAACGAGUGAAGAAAAUCCAAAAUCGUAGCGCCCGAAAGUUGUGUAAAGUAUGGCAACUUCAUCCAAGGCAGAAGCUGUUACUGGAGAGAUUCAAGAUAGAAAUUUGUGGUCAUGAUACCUUGAUACAAGUUGCGUGGUCGUUCAUGUUGUGCUCACUCGGCUAUCGUCUCCGAAAGGAAAAAGGAGAUAGCGAUGUAGUCGUCAAAGGCCAAGAAUCACUUAGGCCGUGGAGAACCACCGCUCAUAACCGGGUAUAUCAUCAGUCAUGCCCAUUAGUCACGCCGAAAGUUGGCACGCCGGCCAACGGUUCAUCCCUUUCUGGUCUGAACUCCCACGCGAACGCCAUUCGAUAGUGCUACAGAUUGCC